AUGAAAUUCAUUCAAUUGUUCAUAGUUUUUUUCAUUUAUUUCAAAUGUAAUUCUCGUUAUUGGUUUUAUGAAACGAUCAAUGAUGAAGAAACAUUUGAUUGUUUAUAUGCUCAUUUACAAUAUUCAUAUCUAAUUGAGAAUGGAGCUUAUCUGACACUUUAUCAUCUGAUUCCUUUUUGUCAACGAUUAGAUGAAAAAGAGAAGUUGAUUUUCAUAUCUGAUGAAAAUGUCCAAAACAAAAUAAGUUUUCAAAAAUUAUCAACAAAUGGAAUCACGAGUUCACAAUUAUUGAAUUGGUUCAUUCCAAUUGAUAUUGUAGAAGAUUAUGAAAUCAAUGGUGAACAUUCAGAGAAAUUCAUUUACAAUUGUUCAUCUUUUUGGUUUGGUUCAACAUGUCAAUAUCAAUUAAUUCAUGAUCAACAAGUUUCAUUUGGUAAACUUGUUCGUCUCACAUUUCUUCACUAUGAAUCACCAUCAUUAGAUCUCGAUUUUCCUGUUGGUACAUGUUAUCCGUUCUUAAAAAGUUGCAUUCGUGGUCCAUCACCAAUGUGUCUCGAUUGGCGUGAAAUCUGCAAUGGUGUUUAUGAUUGUGUUCAUGGUGAAGAUGAACAAUUCUGUCAUUUAUUAGAAGAAAAUCAUUGUUCAGAAGAUGAAUUUCAAUGUCUGAGAAGUAAAGAAUGUAUUUCGCAGACAUUUGCUAAUGAUUAUGAAGAAAGUUUCGAUUGUCUCGAUACAACUGAUGAAACAGAACAAUGGAGAAUAGAAACUGGAGAAUUAUGUAUGACAUUUCCGACAUUUGAAUGUGAAGAAGUAACAUACGGAUAUCCUAAUUACUUUGUAUGUGGUGAUGGUCAAAUUUUACAAUUUAAUGUACCUACUUUCGAUUCUUUUUGUGAGAAUCGAAGAGAUCAAUAUAUGACAAUAAUUCUCUUCACUUCAUUUGAUUAUAUUUCAACUGUUGCAUGUCGACAACGUCUUCUAUGUUUUAUUCGUCCAGAUCGAAUUGAUUUUCUCUCUGAUCUUCAUAAUGAAAUUCAUUGUGAUUUACCUGUUGAUCAUUGUCCACUGGAAUGGCUCGUUUUCCCUCAAUAUCCAAUGCUUUAUUCAUAUUUUCAAUUUAUUUACUUAACAAAUCGAUCGUUGUCUUUAUCAAAAACUGAUUUGACACCAGAUUACAUUUGUUUCAAUGCAAGUCGAUGUCCCACAUAUCUUUUCUGUUCCGUGGAUAUUGGAAUAAACAAUAGUCUUCAUUGUUGUCACGCUUUGAAUAUAACUCGUUACAAAAUCGAGCAAUGGUUUUCAUUUCAAAUUAUUUUUCUAAAUAUUUUUCGUAAUUGUUUUCAAACGAAUCGGAAUGAAAAAUUUCUAUUGACCAAUGAAACGAACAAUUCUUCUCUGAAAUGGAUCAAUUCACAUAAAACAUUUCCGUUUGCACAUUUUUGUAAUGGUUUUCGAUAUAUUCCGGAUGAUAAUGAAACGAAAGAUUCCGAUGAAACUGAUUGUCAUUUGUGGCCAUGUGAUAAUCCAAAUACUCGUUGUGAUCGAUUUAUCCAUUGUUUCAAUGGUAUUGAUGAAGUCAAUUGUUCAUAUAAUUUAUGUUCUUUUAAUGAACUUUUUUGUGAAAAAGUUCGUCCUUCUAUAUCUUAUUGUUUACCAAUAUCAUAUUUAGCAGAUGAUUAUACACAAUUCAGUUCAAAAAAACAUUUUCGUGUUAUUCAUUUAAUUAACGAAACAAUCGGUGAUGCGAAGAAUUAUUUAUUUUGGAAUCAAAGCAAAUGCCUCACUGUUGAAUAUUCGAAUCAAAGUAAUUUACCUUUAUUAAAAGGAAAUAAUGAUGAUGUUUGUUUAAUCCCUAAACUUCCGAUGUAUUAUGUUCCGAACUCUUUUAUAAUUAUGAGAAACACAAAAACAUUGUGUAUAUCUGGUGUAACUAUCGCACAAAAUAUUCGUAAUCAACAACCAUAUCUUCGAUCAUCACAUUUAGGUGAUUUUCCAUCUGUUAUUCCCCAGAUUUCUCCUCAAUCAACAGAAAUUCAAAUAAAACAACAACAAAUUUUGAACAAUGUUGAUAUUGAAGGUUCAGUUAGUUGGUUUUGUAAUCGAGGAUUCGCCAUUUUUUAUGAAAAUAAUCCAACGAUGAAAUGUCUUUGUCCUCCAUCUUAUUUUGGUUUACAAUGUCAAUGGCAAAAUCAACGUGUUAGUUUAACAAUUCAAUUGAAAUAUUUCACUUUUACAUAUGAAAUGCCAAUUUUCCAACUAAUUCUGAUGCUUAUUGAUGAUGAAGGACAAAUUUCCCCCUAUCAUGAACAAAUAAUUCAUUUACCAAAACGUGAUUGUGGAACAAAAUAUCAUUUGAAUUUACUUUAUCCAUCGAGACCAAAGAAUUCUUCAGCGAAUUCUUCAGUUCGAAUUGAUAUUUUCAAUCGAAUAACUUUAACAUAUUGGGCAAGUUGGCUUUUACCAAUUCCAUUUCCAUUCCUUCCCGUCAAUCGUAUUUCUAAACGUUUACUUAUCCCUUUGAAUCCUCAACAAACCGAAUUUUCAUGUUCAUUAUCAUGUGAAAAUCGUGGAAAAUGUCUUCGAUACGUCAACACAAAUUCUUCAUACUUUUGUCAAUGUAAAUCAGGUUAUUCAGGAUUGAAUUGUCAAUUGAAAUCCAAUUGUUCUUGUUCAUCUGAUUCUUUUUGUCUUCAUUCAUCGAUUUGUAUUUGUCCAUUAUAUAAAUUCGGUCCAAAAUGUUAUCUAAAACAUGAAAUAUGUCAAUCAUUAAGAAAUCCUUGUGAAAACGAUGGACAAUGUAUACCGAUCGAUGAUCGUGUUGCUUUGAAUAACUUUAUUUGUAUUUGUAAAGAAGGAUUUGUUGGAGAACGAUGUGAAAAUAUUCAAAAUCGGAUUGAUAUUCAAUUUAAUGAUGAAACAACAUCAACAGAUUUAUCUUUUUUAGUUCAUCUCAUCACAAUUCACCAAGGAUCAGAUCAUGUUCAAAGUACAAUGUUAAAACAAAUCAAAUAUGGACAAAAUCAAGUGACAAUUUUCACGACUAUUCCAUUUCAUCUUGUUUUUGUCGAAUCUCUUCAAGAAGAUUUCUAUUUGGUCAUUAAACGUGAAAACUUUAUCAAAUCUGAACAUAUUCAAACAAAAUUAUUUCCCAAAUAUCGUUGUAUCUUUAUCAAUGAAUUGUUAGAUAAAACAUUGAAAUCUGUUCAUUAUCUUCGUCGUGUUAAAUCGUAUCCAUUACUUUGUCGACAAAAUAAACACGUGAUGUGUUUUUAUGAUGAACUUUACAUGUGCAUUUGUGAUGAAGAUCGUUUCUCGAAUUGUUUUGUAUUCAAUCGUAACACAACUUAUAAUUGUGGUCAAAGAGAAAAUCCUUGUGAAAAUAAAGGAAAAUGUUUUUUAGCAAAUCAAACUUGUUCAAGUUCAAUGAAAUGUUUAUGUUCAGGUUGUUUUUAUGGAACAAAAUGUCAAUUUACAACUGAAGGUUUUGUUUUAUCUUUGGAUUAUAUUCUCAGUUAUCAUAUUAAACCGAAUCUUUCGUUUUCUCAACAACCAUUUAUUGUGAAAAUGAGUGUCGCGAUCGUUACCAUGAUGUUUCUCAUGGGAUUUCUUGGUGGAUUCUUAACUGUUGUCACAUUUCGUGUAGAGAAAAUUCGUACAAAUGGUUGUGGAUUCUAUUUAUUCGUAUCCGGAUGGAUUUCGAUCUUGAUCUCAUCUGUAUUGGUGAACAAAUUUGUUCAAUUAAUUUUAUUACAAAUGAAAAUUUUCACCAAUUUUUCAUUUCUUCGUUUCAAUUGUAUUCUAUUAGAUGUGUUAAUUAAAGUUUUUUUAGCGAUUAAUGAUUGGCUUGAUGGAUGUAUUUCAAUUGAACGUGUUGUUACUGUUAAACAAGGUUUAACAUUUAAUAAAAGUAAAAGUAAACAAAUGGCAAAAUGGGUAACAAGUUUCGUUAUUCUCUUUUCAAUUUCAACUCAUCUUCAUGAUCCUUUUCAUCGACAAUUAAUAAAAGAUAUUGAUAUUGAUGAAGAACGUUUUUGGUGUAUAUCUCGUUAUUCAUCUUCAAUCAAUACUUAUAAUUCAUUUGUAACUUUAUUUCAUUUUCUUCCUCCAUUUUCAAUCAAUUUCAUCUCAACAAUAAUAAUUAUCAUUACAGUCGCUCGAAAUCGUUCAACUAUUCAAUCCCGAUUAACAUACGUUGAACAUUUAAAAUUACAAUUGAAAGAACAUAAGCAUCAUUUGAUUGCGUCAUUUGCAUUGGUAUUAUUGGGAUUACCUCGUCUUAUCAUUUCAUUUGUCAGUGGAUGUAUGAAAUCACCAAAUAAUUCUUGGUUAUUUUUAUUCGGAUAUUUACUUUCAUUUUUUCCAUCGAUGAUCACAUUUAUUGUUUAUGUUUUACCAUCAAGAACUUAUAAGGAUGAAUUUACAAGUAUUAUUCAGAGAAAUCUUCGACGCCUUCGUUCUUAA